CCGCCGCCGUCAUUUCCGCCGCUGCCGCCAACACCGCGGUCGCCGUUUCCUACCCGGCUGUAAGAUAGCCGCGUCCCUGCCUAGCUCCCUGCGCGUCCCGAGCUCAGCCGCCGCCAUGGCCAUGAGGCAGACCCCUCUGACGUGCUCCGGGCACACGCGGCCCGUGGUGGACCUGGCCUUCAGCGGCGUCACCCCCUACGGCUACUUCCUUAUCAGCGCCUGCAAGGAUGGAAAGCCUAUGCUACGUCAAGGUGACACAGGAGACUGGAUUGGCACAUUCCUAGGUCAUAAAGGUGCUGUCUGGGGUGCUACUUUGAACAAAGAUGCCACUAAAGCAGCUACAGCAGCUGCAGAUUUUACAGCGAAAGUGUGGGAUGCUGUGUCAGGAGAUGAACUAAUCACAUUGGCUCACAAACACAUUGUCAAAAGUGUGGAUUUUACACAGGAUAGCAAUUAUCUGUUAACAGGUGGACAAGAUAAAUUGUUGCGCAUCUAUGAUUUAAGCAAGCCAGAAGCAGAACCUGAUGUUGUCAGUGGGCAUACUUCUGGUAUUAAAAAGGCUUUAUGGAGCAGUGAUGACAAACAGAUUCUUUCAGCUGAUGAUAAAACUGUCCGCCUCUGGGACAGGAGUACCAUGACUGAAGUGAAGGCGCUAAAUGUUGCAAUGUCUGUGAGCAGCAUGGAGUAUGUUCCAGAAGGGCAAAUACUUGUGAUAACCUAUGGGAAGACUAUCGCUUUUCAUAGUGCAGAAACUCUAGAGCAGAUUAAAUCAUUUGAAGCACCUGCUACAAUCAAUUCUGCAUCCCUUCACCCAGAGAAAGAAUGUUUGGUUGCAGGUGGUGAAGAUUUUAAACUCUAUAAAUAUGACUAUAACACAGGAGAAGAAUUAGAAUCUUACAAAGGGCACUUCGGUCCAAUUCAUUGUGUGAGAUUUAGCCCUGAUGGGGAGUUAUAUGCCAGUGGCUCAGAGGAUGGUACACUAAGGCUGUGGCAGACAACAGUAGGGAAAACCUAUGGUCUUUGGAAGUGUGUAGUUCCUGAAGAGGAGAAUGCAGAAGCAGCAAAAGCAAGGACCACUCUUCCAGGAACUGCAGAGGAGGAAAUAGAAGAAGUUGCCUCUGAAAACUCAGAUUCAGUGUACAGCUCAACUCCUGAAGUUAAGGCGUGAUUAUCUCAACUGUUAUGCAACGUAUGGACAUACAAGACUAAAUCAAGUGAGCAGUGAUAAACAGCAGCCUUCCAGAGUGCACUCUCUACGUAAGGCAAAGAUGGGCAGUAAUUGAUGAGAAUGCAGUGGAACUGGCUAGGUGUUGUCUGUAAGAGAACUGAGUAUCCAAAAAAGACAAGUAGUAGAGUUUUGCUAUCUUUUUAGCAUAACUGCCUACUGUCUUCUGAAAGAAGUGUGCAAGCCAAGAUCCAGUCUCUCCAAUUUCAAUUAGACUCAUUGUAGUGUGUUUUCUUUAUUACAGAGAAAAAAAAACAUGGCUUUUACCCAUUUUUUUUCUUUAAAGUUGGAAGAUUUGGCUUUAGUUGAAAAGGGGAUUAUGUACUAAAAGUAUUCAGUUUUUGUUUCAUUGUACACUGCUUCUGAAUGUUUAACUGUUUUCAGUUGUCUAAAUAAAAUGCCUCUCAAAACUCCUAGCUUUACUGUUUAGCGUUGGGUUCAUGGAAUGGAAAAGCCAAGUUAAUGGUAUAAUACUCUCUAGCAUCUGUUUUUGUACUCUACAGAGGGAAAGCAAUAAGAAUGUUUUAGUGUUUGGUCCAGAGAGUGGCAAGUUUCUUGAUAUGUAAGCCUAUCAUCAUUUUAUUCUUUAACUUUUGAAUGUAAAAGUGAGUCUCUAAAUCAAAAGCAUUGAGAACUCCUAAACUAAAUGUACUGACUGAAAUACGUGGUUGUACAUGAAAAUCUCAGAGGUUGGCUGAGUUUGUAAAAACCUUGGGUUUAGUACUCUAAACUGGAUAAAAAAAGUCACACUCUCAAGGUCAAAACCCAUACUUUAAUCAUUAAAGAAAAUAUUGCUAUUCUUCUGCUUGUCACUUCCUUUAAUGUUAAUGCUGAAAGAUUUGCGUAAGUUGUUCUUUUUGGAAAGGAAAAACACUAUAUAAACACGUUCA